AUGUUUCGCAGCGAAAACGAGAGAGCGGCUCAACUUAGUGCCGAAGCGAAGGCCAAAUCGAGAGCCCGUCGAAGACUAGAGGAUGGCGUGGCUCUAGACUCUGAUAUAUCCACACCUGAAUCGCCAGCCGAGCCCUCGCCUGAAGAAGUGGUCCGAUGCAUUUGGGACCAAACGUCAUCCAGCCCGAAUAUCCUUGCCCUACCCACUCCUGUGGACGAUCAAGGCCUAGGGUUCUUUAUUAACCGCUUUGUGACGCCAAUGCCCAUAAGGGUAGGUGGCUAUCUGCGUGUAAAUAGUGUGCAGGAUUCUACUUUCUUCAGACAGAUCAAUUCUGACUCGUCUAUUCGGGAUGCUGUUGUCUCAGUUGGCUUGGCUGCCAUGUCCAAUGUCCAGCGUGAUAGGUCACUGCGGAUAUUGUCAAGAGAGAAGCACGCACGGGUCAUCAAGACUGUCCGAGAGGCAGUGGGGAGCCCCGCCCAGGCUAACCCAGACCGGACAUUCCCUUUGAUUGUCAUGUUGAGUUUGUAUGAGAUGGUGAGCUGUGCGCCCAAUCAGUUGAACUCCUGGAUUGUGCAUCUAGAUGGUGCUGCUGCUCUACUCAAACAAUCAGCAUUUCGCAAGUUUCUCACGGCUUCGGACCAUCGGGCGCAAUUGGGAUUCUACUUCGUUUCGAUAGUCAAAUACUUCUCCAGGAAAGAUGGCGCGCCGGAUACAUUGAACUGGUCCCGUGAGGCCAUGUCCAAUGUGCCACCAGAGCUGUUUCCGGCAGUGAACCUCAUCGACAUACUGGUUAGAUUUAUGAGAUUUGAUGCAUCUUUGCGACAACAAAGCCCAGGCACAAAGGCCGUCAUCAGCUCAGCGUUAAUGUUCGAGGCCGAACUCAGCGAGUGGGAAGCCAGCUUACCUGAUAGCUGGGCCUACGAUGUACAAAAGUCUGACACACACCAUCGCACGUUUUAUGGCGAGUACCAUGUGUACAAGGAUGGUUGGGUCUCGAGGAUAUUCAACCACUAUCGUUGGACACGACUGCUCCUCAAUGAGAUGAUCGUGUGCAAAAUAUCAAGCCUCAGCCAGCCUUCAUCAGGAGAUAUAGCCCAGCGACAACAAUCAUUAGAGACGAUUUCUUCGAUGGCACUUGGCAUAUGCGCUGGCGCUGCAAGCCAUGAGGCGAUCUCUCAGCGGGGCAUUUCUGCUGAUAACUCAUCCCACCUACCACCACUGAAUGGAAUUUUCAUGACGCUCUUCCCCCUAGCAGUUGCUGGAGGGGCGGCCGGAGUCCCGGAUCAUGUCCACGAUUGGGUGGUUGGCACGCUGGAGCAGAUUGGGUGUACCAUGGGAAUCCAGCGUGCUUCUGAGAUGAUACCCCAGCUGAAAAAUUCACAUGCAAAAUGGAAAGAAGAUCAGAAGAGGUGGCAGGCAAUACAUGGGACAUAG